GGGGAAGCUUUUCGGUGCUGCACCGCCGUACCCUAUGCCCUUCAGCCUGGAGCUCGGAGGAAAACCUUAGCUCGGUCGCGGCGUUCGUGGUUUUUCUUAUAGUUGGAAUCUUGAGGUGAGACCUCAGGUGGAAACGGCAUCAAUAUGAUGGACGGACGGCCGGGCCGCGAGCCCUUAAAAUUCCUGCCGGAUGAGGCCCGGAGCCUGCCCCCGCCCAGGCUGAACGACCCGCGGCUCGUCUACAUCGGCUUCCUGGGCUACUGCUCCGGCCUGCUCGACAACGCGUUGCGGAUGAAACCUGUGCUGAAAGCAGGCUUGCAUCGCCAGCUUCUGUAUGUUACUUCCUUCUUCUUUGCUGGAUAUUAUUUUUUAAAACGUCAAGACUAUUUGUAUGCUGUGAAGGACCGUGACAUGUUUGGAUAUAUAAAAUUACAUCCAGAAGAUUUUCCUGAAAAAGAGAAGAAAACUUAUGGUGAAAUUCUUGAGCCAUUCCAUCCAGUGCGUUGAAGUCUUCAAAAGGCUUGCUCCUGUUCACCACAGCCUGAAUAUUUCUGAAUUUUAUGGAAUAUCUUUCUGUGACAGUUGAAGUUUAGGUUAAUAUGUUAAUACCUAUAAUUAAAAUGGUUAUUAUGAGUA